CCCGAGGUGGGGGGGGGGAUGUGGUGGUGACGACCUGGAUGGCGGGGGUGCAACUUUCAAUGGUGGUCACGCGAGCAGAGAUAGUGGAAACGGAUGUUUUGAUGUCGUCCAUGGAUGACUGGAGAGAUGUCAUCAUGCGGAAAAGAGCCACGAGGUCGAUGGCGACAUCGGGUGCUGGUGUUUGCUCGCCUGCGAGGUUGCGGGCGAUGCUGUCGACAGAGUUAGAGCGGAUGCCGAACAUAUCAAUGCUGGAUGAUUGGGCCAUGGUGGGGGAGGAAGCGGUGGUAGCUGCGGCUGAGGAGUUAGCAGCAGAUAAGGUGGAGGCGGCGGCAACAGCGGCGGCGUCGGCGGCUGCACGUUGAGAGUUCUUGGUUGAGCGUGGCAUGCUUUGGGGGGGGGGCUCCUAUUUAUAAGAGUAGAAUGUCAUCAAUUGAUUUAGCAAUAAAGGUAAUUCCAAAUA